GCACAGUGGAUCUAUUAAAUUAACAAGCUGCAGACGGACCAGAGACAGACUUAAAAAGCACCGAAACCCCGUUGCAAGCUCCUCUAAAUGCCCGUGUUUCUUCGUCAUGUUUCCCCCCGGUAAACACGUCCCCACCGGGCCUUCUCCGUACAGCCAGCACGCCCUAGCGCACAUGUACUUCAGGCCGCCUCUCGGUGUGCCUCCGCCGGGGAUGAUGGCCGCCGGAGCCGUGGGGUCCAGGCCUGCUCACCCCUUUCCCCCGCCGCCGCUGCCGUUCAACCGGCCACCUCCACCGACCACCCCCCUCGUCCGACCUGGGGCCAGCCCUGCUACGACGGGCAGCACUCGACCCGUUCGCCCUGAGGCUCCACCCACCAAACUCUGGAAACCAAUCCCCACUGCACCUGAAGCCGACAGUGACAAAGCCGGAGAAGAGUUCCUGCGCUGUCUCGCAGCCAACAAGCCUCUGCCCGAUUACCUCAAAGGAAACAUGGAGUACAACCUGGCAGAGGCCAUUAAAUCUGCCAACGCUCUGAAAGACGCCGUAAAGUCCGACCCGGAAGUCCAAAAACUGACUAAUCAAAAGAGGAGCCGGAGCCGCAGCAGAGGGAGGAGCAGGGGCAGGAGCAGGGGCAGGAGCAGAGCCAAAAGCCGUGGAAAAAGUCGAGCACGCAGUAAAACCCGGAGCCGGAGCCGAGACAAGCGGAGCCGGAGCCGAGACAAACGGAGCCGGAGCCGAGACAAGCGGAGCCGGAGCCGGAGCCGAGACAAACGGAGCCGGAGCCGAGACAAACGGAGCCGGAGCCGAGACAAACGGAGCCGGAGCCGAGACAAGCGGAGCCGGAGCCGAGACAAACGGAGCAGAAGUAGAGGCCGGGCAAGGAGCCGAGCGAGGAGCAAGAGCAGAGCAAGGAGCCGUAGUCGAAGCGCCAGUCGCAGCAGAAAGAAAAGUCGUGCCAAAAGUCGCUCCAGAAAGUCCAGAUCUCGCAGCAGUGAAAGGAGCCAUCACAAAGACAAGAAGAAGAAAAGUCCAACUUCCAACCACAAGUCCUCACACAGCAGCAGCGGAGGAGGAGGAGAGGGAGGGCUGGUCACAGUGAAGGAGGAGAAAGGCCUAAACGUGGAGUGUGGAGCCGCGGUGUCGGCUGAGAAUAGUCUGUUAGAGGGACUGAAGAAGGUGAUCAACAGUAAAGAGCUGGAACACAAGAAGCUCAAAGACAACAUCCACUCUGCACAGCCAGUUGCCCCUUUGAAAUCAGCUCUUAAAUCUGUCCUUAAACCUAUGCUCAAAACUGCCCCAGCUCCUGCCCCCACUCCAGGGCACCCCUUUCUCCCUGGACAUCCCCUCCCCUCUGGACACCCCUCCACCCAUGGACCAGCCUGGGAGGGAUCCAUCUUCUCCAUGUUUUCGGACAACGAUUCGCUGCUGCCUCACGAACGUAGCGGCUCUGACUUCUCCUGGAUUCAAACACAAUCUGCGGAGGAUCUGGUGAAACUAAAAGCCAAUGAAGUUGAAGAUGAGGAAUCAUUUUUGUACGGAAAUGAUGAACUCUCCAACUCGGCAGCUAACAUCGCUAACACGGCUAGCGCCCCUCAGUACCCUGCCCCCUCGUCUUCUCAGUCCUACCCCAUUCUCAACACCGCAGAGUUCGAUAAGAUUAAGAACAUUCUGAAAAGCGUAGGGUCGAACAGCGAGGGGGCCAAAGUAAAACACACAGUGCCCCCUGCUGUCAGUGAACCUGCGGCGUUCACACUUCCAGCUCUGUGCAAUCCCAAUGUCCGACAGGCCCUGGAGUCUCUGCAGUCGCUCAUCAAAGCAACAAAAGAGAAGCGCGCUCAGGAGAAGGGAGACGGCGAAAGCAGCGUCUCAUCUCAGUCUUCGUCCAAAAAGGUGAGCGCAGAGUGCAAACAGGCACGGAAAACCAAAAUUGAGUUUCUCAUUAAGGAGCUGGAGGGAUUACUGAAACAAGAUGGUUUGGGAUUUCUGACGCCAGUGAUUGGCUUCUAUUGUCAUAAAUGUGAGGAGUUCAUUGGAAAUCUGAGCACAGCUGAGAAACACGCAGCCACUCAUCGAUCCAGUGGAAGGUCUUCGGGGGACAAACAUCCAGGAGAAGAUAAAACGGACUUGAAAAAGGACUCGAAGAAAGAGAAGCAGAAGUCGUCCACACACGCUACAAAAGCUACCAGUGCUACCAGUGUUACCAAUGCUACCAAUGCUGCCAAUGCUACCAAUGCUUACCUGAAGGAAAAACUACAGGCAGAACGCAUGCUCAUAACUGUGUCAUGUGGGGGUGAACCGACCAAUCAGAGCGCCCAAGGUAAACAGGAGAAGGGCAGUAAGAGAGGGAGGGAUGAGAGAAGUCGCAGCCGUAGUACAAGGAGCAGAUCCCGGAGCAGAUCCCGGAGCAGCAGUGAGGGAGAGAGGCUAAAAAAACCUCACAAAAAGAAGAAAAAGGGGAAAAAGAAAAAGGAUAAGAAAUAGUUUUGUGUUUUUGACUGAAACCAUUUGGGUCAGUUUGGUGCAGUUAAAGGAGCACUGUGUAACUUUUCUGGUGGAGCGAACCACCUGUUUGUCUCCAUGGAGCUGUUACUGCCUUUUCUAGAAUGUUCCACAGUAUGGCGUCAAACUUGACUAUUCAUCUUGCUUUUAUUUAAAGGGCCAGUAUUAGGUUAUAUUCGGAUCUUUGUUCUAAUGUUUCCUCAUCACAAACAGACCAGAGUUGUGUUUUGUUUCAUUCUCACAUGUUUAACACACAAACCCUGCAAAUUUAGGCUGAGUUCUUCUCUCAAACUGAAAACACUCUGUUCCACUUUGUGAUGUCAUGUGGUAAUACAGGAAGUUUAGCCUCCUGUCUCCAGGUAGUCUCUGGAGAAGGGCGUCUCAGGUGUGUGAAAGGAGGAACAUCAGGGCUGAUGCUGUCAUGCCUCGUUUUCUGUUUUCAAAUGCCAAUAGGCAAUCUAAAGAAGUGGACUAAGUGAGUGUGACAUCACCCAUAGUGAUCAGCUCCAGUCAAAUGAAGCUCAAUUGAGGCUGCAGUUAUAGGGGCAAAUUUGGAGACGAGUUCCAUAUUUGGAAUUCCCACGCAAGUAUCAUAACCAUAGAGUCAAUCCGGUGCAAGGCUGUUAAAAGUAAUGGCCAUUUUCACCCCACACCGUUAGUUUAGCAGGGAGCGUGUACUUGUCUGUUAUUAAUAUUCAAAUCUUCAUUUACAAUAGCAAAAUAAAAACACCAGGAUCAUGUAGUAGCAGGUUAAUACUAACAUUUUAAAACCAGAGAGAGGGGCCACAGUUUUUCAAUACAAAGUGAAUUGGCCAGUCGAUUUAGCUGGAAGCGCACCCAUGCUCGCUUCCUAUUUGGAACGUGCCGGCUAGCAGGUUAGCUAUGUCAUUUAUAUAUAUAUAGUCUAUGGUUUGAACUUGUUAUCCAAUCCAGUGACCCAUGCCCCGUCCAAAUACAUAAUGCAGUCAACAAGGUACAUACAUCUCCUACUGUAUUGUCUUAACCCACAACACUAAUGUAAAAAAGAUGAGCUUUGGGAAUGAAGACAGACUAAUAAAGUGUUACUCAAACAUGUGUGAAUGAAAUGAAACACAACUCCAGGUAUGUUUUUGAGAAGGUAAAGGCAUUAUAACAUGGCCUAAAGCUCACAAGAUCUGAGGUUGCCAGAAAGGGGAGCAGCAGAUGCGCAACAACUCGUUUACCCAUCUGAACAAAACCUGCCCUAAACUGAACCAUGCAAUCUUGUGUUUUUACUUUUUAUUUUUACUGUAAAAUUUUGCCUUUUGUAUUUUUUGUACAGUUUCAGGUGUCUGUAAAAUUGGAUUGAAAUAUGGAGGUUAGACUUAAAAAUGUAUCUACACGAGUUAAAAUGAUUGAAGUUUUAUUUAAACUCACUGUACCUGAUUUUUUAUCAUCUUAAAAACAUGAAAAACAGAAGUAGUUCACUUUUGCAAUGGUCCAAAGUUAUUCCUCACUUACCUUACGCAUUCUGAACAUCCUAAUUAUUCACCAUGAUGAAUUUAUAAGCACUCACAACUUUCAGAGACCAGAACAGAGUUUUGCCGUAACAGUAACACAACUACCACAAUAUAUCUGUACUGGGCCAGACACAUUUUGCUCAAAUACAUGGAUUUUUUUUGUUUUUUUUAAUUGGCCCUUUUGAAUUCAGAAUACCAAUUUGUCAGAAACUUAUCAUUUUAACUGCAGUAGAUUUAUUUUUUGCAGUGUUUAAUGCUCAGUGCUUGUAAAUGCCGUUUGUGUUUUGAAAGUGUUUUUGGUUUUUUUCCUGUUCGUAAAUGCUUUCAAUGUAUGUUAGAAAUGACUGCUCUCUCGUCCAAUCAGAUCUCUCCAUUCUCUUGCAGCUCCUCCCCACUGUCUUUAUUCAGCAGUGUUAUGUUCUUUGCCUUUUUUUUUUUUUUUUUUUUUUUUAAACGUUCAAGAGGUUGUACAUAAUUUUGUUUGAAAAUGCUUUAACUAGGAUCAACAAUAUUUUUAUUUUACUUUUGUCCUGUCUGCUCCUCCAGGUUUUAUUCUCUCCACCUCUGUCUGCAUCAAGGAAUAAAUUGUCUUUCAGAAUUCAACAUUUUUAAAUCACUUGUUUUUACGUAUUAAAGUUGCAUUAUGUCACUUUUCUGCUGGGAGGGGUCUGCUACCUGCUUGUGUCCAUGGAGAUGUUAUUGGAUUGCUUGGAAUGUUCCACGUAUUUCUCACCUGUAACUUGGCCUGGGGGUGUCUUGGGUUGUCAAAAAUAUCAAAAAUCUAAAGAGUAUUUUUAAGUAUCGUGACAACACUGGCAUCGCUCGUUGUUGCCAUGGAGAUGAACAAAUUCAAUAUCGUAGAACAUUCUAGGCAAAACAGAUGGCAGACUCCCCCAGAAAUGUUUCAUAGUGCACCUUUAAUUUGAAUGCAGUGGAGUACAGUGGUAAGUGUGUUUGCUUAUUCAGAUUGUCAUGUUUUGGAAUUACGCAUUUUUUGAUUAUUUUAAGGUUAGCGUUGAAGGUGAACGUUUGAAUUUGUUUGUGUUGUGUUUAAUAUGGAGACUGAAAAAUAUGUGACCCAUUUUCUAUUUUCAGCUUCAAAAAAAACAUACUCUGCUCUGAGACAAAUAUUUAAAAUCCAAGUAUUUCUCGACUAUAAUCUGCUUUGUAUUUUAAUUUGUGUAUUCUCUUCACAAGACGUUGGACACAAAGGUUGGUACCCCUGGCAGCUUUACACUGUUGU